AUGGAUCCGAACGCUUCUCAGCCGUCUCCAUCCCAACCGUUUCCGGACCAGCAAUUCAGAAGCAAUUCCACGGCUUUUCUGACCCGCAGCGUCAACAGCAGCAGCACCAGCCUGUCCAAGAUGGCCAGAGAAGAUGACGCCGGCCCUUCUUCGGCAGCAAGAACGCCUGGCAUGACUCCCCUGAUGACUGCUGGUCUUGCCACUCCUUCUCAAUCUACAUCUGGUCUGUCUGGUCUUGUCUGCAACGUCCACAGGACCACCGGCCGUGAGCCUCACCCGCUAGUGGGCGCAACCACCACGGUUUUGGGAGACAUGCUCUAUGUGUUUGGCGGAAGGAGGUUAUCCAGGACCCGGCCGCAGCUUACAAAUGAUCUCUACCAAUUGGACCUUGUCCGUCGGCACUGGACGAAGCUUCAGACUCAGGGCGAUAUUCCCCCACCACGCUAUUUCCACAGUGUCUGUGCCCUCGGCGACACCAAGCUUGUCUGCUAUGGUGGCAUGUCCCCGGCAGUCCUCCCGAAUGGCCAACCCACAGCCCCGUCAGCCAGCGCCCAAGAUAACCAGCCGGAAGUGGUGGUCAUGUCAGACAUACAUAUUUACGACGUUAAUACGCGCAUCUGGAUGAAGAUCGACACGUCGGAUUCUCCGCAAGGACGUUAUGCGCACUGCGCCGCCAUUCUGCCCUCGUCGGCGGUUUUCGCAUCGUCUAGCGCACCCCUUUCUGCUAUUCACCACAACCCUGCAUCGGCCAGUCAACCCAAUUCCGGCUCGAUUGGAAUCGACCUGGACGGUACCGGCGGCGCGGAGAUGGUGGUGGUAGGAGGGCAGGACAGCGCGAACCACUACAUUGAACAGAUCAGCGUUUUCAAUUUGAGGAGUCUCAAGUGGACUGCCACAAACACGCUGGGCCGGAGCUGUGGUGCGUACAGGAGUGUGGUUGCACCGCUUACGACAAUGCCUGCAUCGGCAAUCGGAGCCGGCGGAAGGAAGGGCGAUGCCCCGGCAGAGGACGAACAGGAUCCCGAGAACAACGGCUCCUCGAUGCUAAUUUACUCGAAUUACAACUUCCUGGACGUCAAGCUUGAGCUCCAAAUCAGAAUGCCGGACGGGACCUUGACAGAGAAGCCUAUGAACGGGACUUUCUCGCCGCCGGGCCUGCGAUUUCCUAACGGAGGCGUCAUUGCGAAUCACUUUGUCGUGAGUGGUACUUUCCUAACUUCGUCCAAGCAGGAGUACGCCCUUUGGGCGCUCGACCUCCGGAACCUUACGUGGAGUCGAAUCGAUGCCGGGGGUAGUAUUUUUAGCCAGGGAAGUUGGAACCGUGGCGUACUUUGGAGCAGGCGCAAUACAUUUGUCAUUCUGGGAAAUCGGAAGAGAAGCCUGGUGGAAGACUACAACCAUAGGAGGAUCAAUUUUUCGAACAUUUGCAUGGUGGAGUUGGAGGCUUUUGGGCUUUACGACAACCCUCGGAGAACGACACCAACAUCCGGAUAUAUUUCUGUGAGCUCUCCGGGCAUGUUGCAGAGCGCGUCAGACCUGGCAAGCGGAGGACGGUCACUCUCGCCGGCUGCAGAAGAGUUGGGAGCGAUGGCACUAGGAUUGCGGGAACUUGCCGACAUGGAAUUUUUGGCUAUUGGAGGCGAGCGCAUUCCCGUCAACUCACACCUUGUGGCGAGACGGUGGGGCCCUUACUUCAACCAGCUAUUACGCGAGGGAGCGUUUGCAUCGGACCCGAGCUCAUCGGACGCUGCUACACUGAGACCCUCGACAGGCUCCCACGCAUGGCGCAACUCGAGCAUUACCAUCACACCAAGCAUCAGGACGACCAGCACAGCCCUCACAAUGACCCCCAGCAUGGCCUCCACAGUUACGCCUUUCGAUCCGCCAAAUGCCGAGAACCCCAACCCGACGUCCAGGCCACGUACUCUGUACCUCCCGCACACUCAGCUCACCCUGCAGGCACUCGCACAUUACCUUUAUACUUCUUCUCUUCCCCCGCCCAACUCGACCUUGUGCACUCCGCAAAUUCUGUGCUCGCUACUCCAGCUUGCGCGCCCCUAUCGUAUAGAUGGUCUCCUGGAAGCUGUCAUUGAGCGCCUCCACCUGCGUCUUGACGGACGGAAUACGGCCGCCAUCUUCAAUGCUGCUGCAAUGGCAGCCGGAGGAGGUGAUGCAGUUACCUUCUUCAAUGGCACGACGGCCGGUCUCCCAUCAGCCGAAACGCUUGCUAAGGUACAAUCAGAACGAUCCGAAGGAGGGGACCUCCGCCCGUCAGCAUCCUCGAACAGUCUGGCGUCAAGCUUCGCAUCCACGCAGCGCACCGGCAGCGUGGCCCAGGGAGCGGACUCGGGCGUCGACGACCAUCUCAAGCAGCUUCGACUCAACACGGACGUCUCGUCUUCAACAUCGCUGGCCGACGACGAGCAGAGCGUGCGCAGCGCGUCGACCGAGACGAGCCAGUCCGAUCUCGGCAGCGUCACCGGCGGGCCCGGCGAGCGCGAGGUCUGGGCCGGCGAAAUCAGCGCCGUGGUGGGGCUACAGAAGAGGGGCUUGCGUGGCCUCAUGGAGGGUCGCAGGAUCCGCGAGAUGGGACGGUCCGGCAGGGAAGGCACGAGCAUCGGUACCGGUCUGCCUAGCGCCACGGAAGACACUUUGUCGUCCGGAAGAGUUGGAUUGGGAAUCGCGCCGGAGAGGGGUUUGGUCGGAUGA